CGAGGGAGAGAGAGAGAGGAAGGAGAGAAAGCUAGGGCUCGCAGAAUGGGACUGCGCGAGACGCUCCAAGAGGCGCUCCAGGCCCUGUAUCAUCACCCCGAUCCGGAGGUUCAUUCCAACGCGAAUCGAUGGCUCGACGAUUUCCAGCACGGAAUGGAUGCGUGGGGGCUCUCGGAUAGUUUGCUACAUGAUCCAAGCAGCAGCCUGGAGGUGUCGUAUUUCUGUGCUCAAACGCUUCGAACGAAGAUCGAACGUGACUUUGAGGAUCUUCCAUCCGGAGCUCCUGCGUCUUUGCGAUCGUCGCUCAUGAAUCUGCUUGUAAAAUUUAAUCAAGGUCCACCGCUUGUGAGAACACAGCUGUGUUUGGCGAUGGCUGCCUUGGCCAUACACAUGCCUUCGGAAGAAUGGGGUGGAGUUGGAGUGGUGAAGUGGUUGGGACUUGAGCUCGGCUCUAAUCCCAACGCCGCUCUGAGCUUGUUGGAGCUGCUAGCUGUGUUACCUCAAGAAGCUUACGGUACCAAAGUCACUGCCCGGCCGGAAAGAAGACGCCAAUUCCAGAAGGAAUUAGCGAUGUCUGUACAAGACGCCUUUGCGUUGCUCGGUUCGUGCUUAAGAAGCUCUGACGGACUCCGAGAACAGGUUUUAGAAGCAUUGGCUGCUUGGCUUCGACUUAGCAACGGGAUUCCUGCGAAUGUGCUAGCAUUGCACCCUCUUGUUCAAACAGCGCUUUCUUCUCUGCAGUCUGAACAAAACUUUGUUGCUGCAGUUGAUGCCGUUUCUGAGCUAAUACGCUACACGAUAACUGGAUGUCCGGAAGAUGUGGCUGUUCAUAUGCCUUUGGUGCAAAUACUGGUCCCCUGCGUUAUGGGCCUGCGUCCUCGGUUUGCAGUUGCAUUGAAGUCUGCUGUGUCUGAGAAGCAAGCUAAAGAAAAUGGUGGCGCUACAGCUAUAGACGAAACCGAUGAGGACGACGAGACUGUCAAAGGAAUAGCGUAUUUGUUUGCAGAAAUGGGAGAAGCUUAUGUUGGACUUAUAGCAAGUGGUACAAAUGAAGCUAUAAUGAUAGUGGAAGCCUUAGUUGAGGUUACAUCGCAUCCGGAUUAUCCUAUUUCUUCAAUGACGUUUAAUUUCUGGCAUCGACUUAGUCGAGCUUUAACAAAAAGAGAGAACUAUAGUGCCUUCGGCAGCGAGGCAGCUGGCGAAGCAGAAAGGGAACGUCGCCUCGCUAUUUUUCGUCCUUACUACAGACUACUGGUGUCUUUGGUUAGUUCCCAUGUCGCUUAUCCACCCGAUUUUAAGUCAUGGCGAAGAGGCGAAGAUGCGGAUUUUCGUGAAACUCGAGCAGACGUUGCACACAUGUUGAUAGACGUCACUGUUGUCCUUGGUGGUCAAGAAACUCUUGGACUUCUAGCAGAACCUUUAACAAAAGUCAGUAUUCCGGCAGACAAGAACGAAUGGAAUUGGCGACCUACAGAAGCUUUACUAUACUGCAUCCGCGCAAUAGCGAAGACUGUAUCUCUUUGGGAAUCAACUCUAAUGCCAACGGUUAUGACUCUGUUACCUCAACUGCCAACAAUACCGGAGGUGCUUUACACAUCAUGUUUGACUGUUGGAGCUUUUGCGGACUGGCUAGGAGCGUUUCAAAGUUCUAAAACUCUUCUUCCAACGUUGCUUGAAAUGCUUAUAGGCGCCCUUUGUGUUGGUGAGAGUCCGGCAGCAGCAGCCGCACUGGCCUUGAAACAUGUUUGCGAUGCUUGCAGGACGCAGUUGACUGGAUCGAUAGAAUCUCUUCUUGCUGUUUUUCGUCAGGUAAUGUCUGGAGAAGACAAAAAGAAAUUUCUUCUGGAUUCUGAAGGUGAAUUGCAACUGGUGGAAGGUCUCAGUAUGGUUGUGAGCGCCUUGCCUCCGGAGCAGCUGUUUCAGGCCUUGCAGCAUCUUUGCUAUCCAGUAAUCACGCCACUUCAGCAACUCAUUUUGAUUUCUCAAGCGGGUACGGACACAACCUCAAGUCAAUACACCAUACUCAUCGAUAAACUUGCCAACAUUUACAGAUACGUAACACAACCGGAGCCAUUAGCAAUGAUGUUUAGUGGCAUGUGGCCAAUACUGGAAACCGUUUUUUCACAGAAAGCUGCAGACGUUCGUACGAUGGAAAGGCUUUGCAGAGCAUGCAAAUAUGCGGUCAGAAGCUGUGGAAAAGCAAUGCUAUCUAGCAUGGGACCUAUGCUUGGAAAAAUCCAACACCUGUUUCAGGAACACAAUCACCCAUGCUUUCUCUAUCUUGCUAGUGAAGCUAUCAAGGUGUUUGGAGCCGAUCCGAAUUGUGCUGUAUAUCUAAGCAAUCUUAUUUCUGUUUUAUUUAUGAAAACGCUGAGCUUGUUAAAGAGCAUCAAGGAUUUUACUGAGAUGCCAGAUUUAGCGGACGAUUGCUUCCUAUUGGGUUCAAGGUGCAUAAGAUACUGUCCUCACCUUCUUGUACCGAUGGAAGCUGUAUUUGGGCCUUUGCUUGACUGCGCAAUUACGGGAAUAACCAUACAGCAUCGGGAAGCUUGCAGAUCUAUCUUGACAUUCCUGAAAGAUGUCAUCGAACUUUGUAUUUCACCUGGUGGAAAACCUUUUCAGCUUUAUAUAGAUAACGCUUUACUCCCCCGUGGCCCUGCGUUAACGCGAGUUUUAAUAGCAGCACUUGCUGGUGCCCUUCCCACGUCGCGCCUGGACGAGGUGAUUAGCGUCAUCCUGUCACUCGCACGCUUAUACGGCCAGAAAGUUGCCUCCUGGGCACAAGACGCUGCAACGCUGGUUCCUUCGUCCAUAGUGACGGACAACGAGAAAGCAUCAUUUUUGCAGGCUGUAUCUCUAGCCGGUUCCGGUGCAGAACAAUCUACCGUGACACCCUCUCUGGAAGAAAUCUCCGAUGUGUGCCGUCGCAGCAAGAAAGUUCAAGAAGCCGUGCAACUUGCUCUUCGACCAUCUGAAUUAACUCUGUCUCCACUCGCUUGUUGAGGCAAGAGUAACAAACCAUAUCUCAUUAAAAGAACUGCUGGGAUUACUUGGUAUCUGUUUUCUAGUCCAAGGCCAUUCUUCACAAAGUGCUCAACAUCUCUGAUAUCUACAACUAUCAGCUUCUUCAGUACGCAGUGGCAAGUAAAACUGCCGCCAUUGAUCUUCUCCGCUGGUAUUUUUGAGAGCUUCCCAGAAGCAGAGAUAUCUGUUAACCACGUCCCAGAAUUGGCUACAAUCAAAAAUGCCAUCUCCGUCUUCAUCUGAGAAGUUCUCCAAGGCGCUGCCGAGCUGGUCCCUCAAUAAUUUGAGCAGUUCUGGGUA